GCACAAUAAAAUGUUUAUUUUUUAAUUUUCUCUGAUGUAAUAAAAGAGAUUUCUUGUUAUUUAAAACUAACUUCUGUUGAUAUUGGCAUUUAAAUCUGUCACGUGAUGAUGCAUCACUUAGAAAAGUAGAAAAAAAAAAAUAAUAAUUCCAUCAUGCUACGAAUCCUAACCAAACACAUUGGUUUCACUGAACCGGCUUUUAUAAAACAAUUUGCAGCCAAUGAUUUAAUGAAUUUUCGUCAUCUAUCAAUUCAACCUUCAAAAAAUGAACUUAAAAGGCGAUUAAAACUUGAACAAAAGUUGAAAGAAAAAGCAGAAAAAGAAGUGAAAACGUCAGAGACGCAAAACAAUGCUGUUGAUAAACAAUCAACAAUAAACGAGGAGGAAAUUAGUCCAAAUGAAUAUUUUAAAAUUCGAUCAUUGUCUGUUGCACAAUUAAAAGCAAAUGGCGAUCAUCCUUAUCCGCAUAAAUAUCAUGUUUCAAUAUCAUUAGAAAAAUUUAUAGAAAAUUAUUGUGAAAAAUUGAAAGAUGGCGAGGCAUUUGAAAAUGAUGAAUGCAGUAUUGCAGGACGUGUACACGCAAUACGUGGUGCUGGUGCAAAAUUAAUUUUCUACGAUUUACGCGGUGAGGGAACAAAAGUUCAAGUAAUGGCAAAUGCACGUCGUUUUUCAAGUGAUGAAGAAUUUUUUAAACAAACGCAAAAAAUUCGCCGCGGUGAUAUUAUUGGCGUUCUUGGAUGUCCUGGUAAAUCGAAGAAGGGUGAAUUUUCCAUAUUACCCAAAAGCAUUACUUUAUUAAGUCCCUGUCUUCAUAUGCUUCCUCAUUUACAUUUUGGAUUGAAGGACAAGGAAACACGAUUUCGUCAACGAUAUUUGGAUUUAAUUCUUAAUGACAAAACACGUCAGACAUUUUAUAUUAGAGCAAAAAUAAUAGCCUAUGUUCGUAGAUUUUUUGAUGAACUUGGAUUUUUGGAGGUGGAAACACCGAUGAUGAAUAUGAUCGCUGGAGGAGCGACAGCAAAGCCAUUUGUCACUCAUCAUAAUGAUCUUAAUCUUGAUCUAUUUAUGAGAAUUGCCCCCGAACUUUAUCACAAGAUGUUGGUUGUUGGUGGAAUUGAUCGUGUUUAUGAAAUUGGUCGACAAUUUAGAAAUGAAGGAAUUGACAUGACACAUAAUCCUGAAUUUACAACAUGUGAAUUUUAUAUGGCAUAUGCCGAUUAUAAUGAUGUGAUGAUAUUAACGGAGCAAUUACUUUCUGGAAUGGUAAUGAGUAUUCAUGGGACAUAUAAUGUUACAUUUCAUCCAAAUGGACCUGAAGGCGAGGCAUUUGUUAUUGAUUUUACACCGCCAUUUAAACGUGUAUCGAUGAUUAAAACUUUAGAAGAAUUACUUAAAGUUUCAUUGCCAAAACCAGAGGAUUAUGGAACUCAAGAGGCGAAUAAAUUUCUCAGCGAUCUUUGUAUAAAACAUGAAGUUGAAUGUCCAGCACCAAGAACAACAGCAAGAUUACUCGAUAAGCUCGUUGGUGAAUUUAUUGAAGAAAAAUGUAUAAAUCCAACGUUUAUUAUGGAUCAUCCACAAAUAAUGUCACCUUUGGCAAAAUGGCAUCGCUCGGAGCAGGGAUUAACUGAAAGAUUUGAAUUGUUUGUCAUGAAAAAGGAGAUUUGUAAUGCGUACACAGAAUUAAACGAUCCAGUUGUUCAGCGUGAAAGAUUCGAACAACAGGCGAAAGAUAAAGCGGCAGGAGACGACGAAGCACAAUUAGUUGACGAGAAUUUUUGCACUGCUUUGGAGUAUGGAUUACCGCCAACUGGUGGAUGGGGUCUUGGAAUUGACAGACUCACCAUGUUUCUUACCGAUUCGAAUAAUAUAAAGGAAGUAUUAUUUUUCCCCGCAAUGAAACCCGAGGAUCCAAAUAAAAAUAAAGAUGAGAAUGAUGUAAGCAAUAGUGUCACAGAAAAAUAACUGAAAAGACACAUUGAAGUUAAAUAAAUUUUUGCUAAUUCAUUAAAAAAAAAUGUAAGUUUUUUUUUUUCUUUCAAAUAAUAAUAUAUUAAAAUGAUGAAUAAAAAUCGCUAUUAUAUUUA